AGAUAAGGAACAUUUCUAAUAUAUUCUUUACACUUUUCUCUGCCAAUGGAAGCCGGUCCAUCUCUUACCUUAGAUAUCUAAAUCUUUAUCAGUUUCUCACGAUCAAAUCUAUCCUUUUUUGGUUUUGUAUAAUACUGUUUUAGUGGGUAAAUUAUUCGUCGUACUCGUACGUGCUUUGAUUCGAUUAAAUCUGAAGGAAAGCAUGAACCGUAGUUGGAUUACAAUAAUGUCUUUGUUGGUAAGUUCUCAGCUUGCUUCGGCGAAAGUCUUGUUGAUCGGGAAAAACACAUAUCUCUCCUUCGAUGAUGUUGAAGCAACUUUCACUCCAAUUGUCGAAAGUUCAGGGGAAUGCGGAUUGUUAUACGCUGCAGAGCCUCUUAAUACAUGCUCAUAUUUAACCAACAAGGCGGGAAACGGAUCAACCAUUAGGCCCUCGUAUGUAUUGAUCAUCCGUGGUGGCUGUAGUUUCGACGAAAAAAUUAGAAACGCGCAGAAAGCUGGAUACAAAGCUGCGAUUGUGUAUAACGAUGCAUAUGAUGAGCUCUUAAUACAUAUGGCAGGAACUUCAUCUGGUGUGCAUAUACAUGGCGUGCUUGUUACAAGAGCAGCAGGGGAAGUACUCAAAGGGUACGCUGGUCGACCCGGGAUCGAGCUUUGGCUGGUCCCGGGAUUCGGAACUUCAUCGUGGUCGAUAAUGGCUAUCACUAUCAUAUCUUUACUAGCAAUGUUUGCUAUUCUCGCCACUUUUUUCUUUGUCCGUAAGCAUCAAAUUAGACGCCGACGAGGGCCUUUAUCCCAUUGUAGUCGAGGACAUUCUCUUCGUAUGCCUAGAAACUUUUUGCAAAGCAUACCGACUGAAGUGUUUACCGGUGUUCUUGAACAAGGUUCAACUUCAGUUACUUGUGCUAUAUGCAUUGAUGAUUAUUCCACUGGUGACAAACUCAUGAUCCUACCUUGCCAACACAAGUUCCAUGCGGCGUGUAUCGGUUCGUGGCUUGGUCAUUGCAGAUCCUUUUGUCCGGUUUGUAAACGCGAUGCAAGAACAGCGAAAAGUGAUCCACCAGCAUCUGAAAGGACACCUCUGCUUUCUCCUAGCCUGAACUCUACAACUUCACUUUCAUUUCAUAGGCUACCAAUAGUUGCAAGACAAGAGCCUCUCCCAUGUUCCAUUGUACCGCAGGCACACACAGUUCCUAUGUGCCACAGAUCCUAGCUUUUUUGUCUCUGCUAAUUCGCUUCCAAGCCGCUAAACUAAACCAGAGAUGCUACAUCACUCUGAAAGACCCAAUUGACAUGGCUUUGCAACUAAGUUGUAUAUACAGAGGUAAAAACAGAAUGUUUCAGUUUGAGUCUUAUUCUUCAGUUGGAUUGUUUUGGACACUAUGUAAAGUUAGAUGAGUGAGUUUUUUUAAGUGAGCAUCUUUUGGUACAUUUUUGUGAAUCAGCUAAACAAUGAGUUAACUUUGUUACUUGUGUAUGUACUGUUUGAUCUUUAUACGCAAUCAGUAUCUUGCAACCAAUAACUAAUGCAUAUGGCAAUUAGAGAGCC